AUGGAGUCGAUGAAGACCAGGGCCACGGUGGGGAUGAAGGAGUUGGCGGGGAAGACCCUGGGCCACAUGCACAGGGUGAUGGAGAAGAGGCAAAAAGGCGGAGAAGUGAUCGAGUUGACGGAAGACGGGCGGCCCCGCGAGGCCGCGGAGAAGAAGCCCCCAUUGUGCGAUUGCAAGUGCUUCGGACUGCCGCGCCGAUACAUCAUCGCCAUUAUGAGUGGCCUGGGAUUCUGCAUCUCUUUUGGCAUCCGGUGCAAUCUGGGCGUGGCCAUCGUGGGCAUGGUUAACAACAGCACUAUCCACCAGAAUGGCAAGAUCAUCAUUAAAGAGAAAGCCAAGUUCAACUGGGACCCAGAGACCGUGGGAAUGAUUCACGGAUCUUUCUUCUGGGGCUACAUCGUGACACAAAUCCCAGGAGGAUACAUCUCCUCCAGGCUGGCUGCAAACAGGGUUUUUGGCGCAGCCAUUGUUCUCACGUCAAUUCUCAACAUGUUCAUUCCCUCUGCUGCUCGUGUCCAUUAUGGUUGUGUCAUUUUUGUUAGGAUAUUGCAAGGACUGGUAGAGGGAGUCACCUACCCAGCAUGUCAUGGCAUAUGGAGUAAAUGGGCACCUCCACUGGAAAGGAGUCGUCUGGCCACCAUCUCUUUCUGUGGUUCUUACGCUGGUGCUGUGAUCGCAAUGCCUCUGGCUGGGAUACUGGUCCAGUAUACAGGAUGGUCUUCGGUAUUUUAUGUCUAUGGAUGCGUUGGUAUCUUUUGGUACAUGUUCUGGAUAUUUGUAUCCUAUGAGAGCCCUGCUGAACAUCCCACCAUAAGUGACGAGGAGCGCUGCUACAUAGAGGAGAGCAUUGGAGAGAGUGCCAUGUUAAUGGGCCCUGCUGAGAAAUUCAAGACACCAUGGAGGAAGUUCUUCACCUCAAUGCCGGUCUAUGCAAUUAUCGUGGCCAACUUCUGCAGGAGCUGGACGUUUUACUUGCUACUCAUCAGCCAACCUGCAUACUUUGAGGAAGUGUUUGGCUUUGAGAUAAGCAAGGUUGGCAUACUGUCUGCUCUGCCCCAUUUGGUGAUGACCAUUAUUGUGCCCUUUGGCGGCCAGCUGGCAGACCACCUGCGUAGCAAGAAUAUCCUGUCAACAACCACAGUCCGAAAAAUCAUGAACUGCGGAGGAUUUGGCAUGGAGGCAACGCUCCUGCUAGUGGUAGGAUACUCUCACAGUAAAGGGGUAGCCAUCUCUUUCCUGGUGCUGGCAGUUGGCUUCAGUGGAUUUGCUAUAUCAGGCUUUAAUGUCAACCAUUUGGAUAUUGCGCCCCGGUACGCCAGUAUCCUUAUGGGCAUCUCUAAUGGAGUGGGAACCCUCUCCGGGAUGGUGUGUCCACUAAUUGUUGGUGCUAUGACAAAAAACAAGACAAGAGAGGAGUGGCAGUACGUGUUCCUCAUUGCCUCCUUAGUGCACUAUGGGGGUGUGAUAUUCUAUGGGAUCUUUGCAUCAGGAGAAAAACAACCGUGGGCCGACCCCGAGCUCACCAGCGAGGAAAAGUGCGGCUUCAUCGAUGAGGACGAGCUGGCAGAGGAGACGGGUGACAUCACACAGAGUUACGGUGCUUACGGCGGGCCUGCCAAGUCGUAUGGCGCAACCACACAGGUGAACGGAGGAUGGGCCGCUAACUGGGAGAAGACAGAGGAGUAUGUGCAAGAAGAGUCUCAGGGAGGAGGCUAUGGUUAUGGGCAAGAAGAGGGAUAUUCUUAA